AUGACAGAUACAACAUUAGCCGGAAUCACCAAGUCCAUUGUUAAACAAGUCUGCUUAAUGAGGUGGUUUGAAUGCGGUGCUAUGAUGGUGGAGUUGAUUCCUAAAGUUUCAGUUUGUAAUUUAGUGAAAUUUGAGAGUUGUUGUGUGGAAAGUUGUGGCAACAGUUGGAGAGAAAACUAUCUCAGUAUUAGAGUAACAUUUGAAGAGACUCUGUUCUUAACGAGACAUCUUUUCGCAAAAGGCAAUGGACCUGGUGAUGUGGCACAGGGGUCUUUUAAACAAUGGGGCUGCCCUAUGCGUGAUAUGCCAAGAAUUUUUAUAGUAACAUUAUUCUACGGACCGGGUACAUCAAAUGCUUGUAAUGGUGGUUCUGAGUUAAGUACGCCUUUAUUUGAUAGUAUGGAAGCCUGA